CUGCCCCUGAACGCAGCUCCGCAGAGCAGAGGACGCCAGCGCAGGAAUGAGACAAAUAAUCCAAUCAUCAGUGCACUAACAGGGCUGAUGUCUUGGUUCCAGUCUCUGAGGGAUGACUUCACUCUGAUGCCGUUUGAGGACCGGGACGCACGGGAUCCAGAGCCGCCGGUGUGUGUGUGUGCGCGUUUAUACCAGAGAGAACAGGAGACGCAGAGAAACCACAAAACCCAGGAGGCGAGGGAGGCGUUGCGCCAGUUGCUUUACAGGACGGGGGAGAAGAGGAUUUUCAUCUUAACUUGUCGUCACAGCAUGGCAGGGAUGUAUGGAUGCUUUAAAGGCCAAAACAGUGACAGCGCUGCCAUGGCAUCAGGACCUCCAGACUCGAUGAUCAAUCAGGAGGCUGCCGAGGUCCAAGAAGAGUGCUCAGGAAAGAAGAAAUCCAAGUUCCAGACAUUUAAAAAGUUAUUUGCCAGGAAGAAGAGGAAGGAGGCGUCGGCACCAGAGGGAGAUGCAGGCCUUAAAGCCAGCCACUCGAGCGACAAUGUCAGUAAAACGUCAGAGAACAACAAACUCACUCGAGCCGAGAAGGAGAAGGGAUCUGGGUCAAAGAUCAGUCUGGGCGGCAAAGCCUUGUCGCAUGACUCUGUUUUCGUGUCUGACUCAUCGGAGGCCCACGAGGCACUGGAGGCAUCUCAGGACAGCAUUAAUGGGAAAGUGAGAUCACUACAGCUUCAGCUCAAACAGGCCAUCAAACUGGGCUCUCCUCCUUCCUUACUGUGUGUGAAGAAGACUGAAGAUGCCGGAACCAUGUCCGAGGACGAUGGCUUACCCUGCAGUCCACCCGAGUACACAAGUCUUCACUCGGCAAUGAGACAUGCUCAGAGGAACAGCUCCAACAGUCUACAUGAAAUGGACAGUGACGAUGAACAGCUGUCCCGUGCGGCCUCCAGCAGAGCAAUGAGCCCCCUGGUGGUUCCAGGGGACUUCAGUCAGCCGGCCAGUCCCUUUGGUUGUCUGGAUAACUCUGCUGCCAAGCACAAACUGGGCCUGAGGCACAAAGCCUGCAACAAGAGAAAACCUGCCAGUCAUUUACUAGACAAGGUGGAAAGAGAUUCUGCAGUGCUGAACAUUUCCAUUCAAGAAGAAGAUGCAGGAGUUCCAGAGGAGCAGCAAGGGACUGAAGAAAGUGCUGAUCGGCUGCAACCAAAAGUGGACAGGGAGGAAGAUGAGGAUGAAGAGGGCACGGAGAAGCGGUACCAACAGGAUUCCAGAAGAUCCCUGUUGAGAGAUAAGGACGAGUCUGACGAAGAACAGGAUGUUUCUCACAGCCCGGACACUUCCUGUCCACCCAUGCUGAGUCUCUCAGAGGAGGAAGUCCCUGAUGACAGACCCCUGCCCUGCUCCAAGACUAGCUCGAGAACAUCCUCUCUGGAGAGUCCUAGAGCCACACCGGAGCCUUUUGCUGGUCCCAAAGAGUAUCUGCUGGAACCGAAAUUCAUUUCCCACAAGCUAGAGGAUACCCCCCUCCAGAGCUACUCUUCGUCAGAAGAAGACGACGUGAUCCAGGAGGGCAGAGAUGAGGAGAGCUCCCUGUUAGAGGAGGUGUUAAGCUCCCUGAAGACUCCCCUCGGGUCGAGCUCCCUGGAGACUGAGGAAGUCGUCCUGGAGUUGGAGGAGACGGACGACGCGGAGGCGAUGGCAGAGACAGAAGAAAGUGCGGAGAUUAAAGGAGAGGAAGAUGAAGCGGAGGAGCCUGUUUGUCGUCAAACUGCCUCUCCGUGCUCCACCCUGUCCAGUCAGACCUCAGAGGAAGAAGAGGGGGCUGGAAGCUCUUCCUUUGAAAUGGUGGCUGCUGUUGAAAGGAUCAAAGAUGGGAAAGAAGAAGGAGGGGACGAGGUGGAAGAUCGUGCCAUUGGGCGAUUCGCACAAGAUAGUGAUGAAGAGGAGGAAGAAGACAAGGAGUACGAGGGCAAGGAGGCAGAGGAGGCUGAACCUGAGGAAGAAAACAACAUCCUGACGAGAGAAACUGUUGUGCUGGAGAGCGAGGAGGAAGAGGAUGGUAAAGGAGAAAAGGAGAAAGAGGAGAAAGAGAUAGAGGAAGACCACUGGGAGAACAUUAUAGCUGAUAAUAGUGAUGAAAAGUUGAACAUAGAGGAGGAGGAAGAAAUUGAAGAAAAAGAAGAAGAAGUUUUCAUUCUGGCCUCCCAAGAUCAGGAAGUUCAAAGUGACUGUCUACAGGAGGCAGAAGAGGAAGAAGCAGUUGGAGAUGUGACUGAGCGUGACAUGGAUGAUCAAAUCUCUCCUGAAGAGGGGGAUCAGGUACUCCCUGAAGAGCAGGGGCAAGAAAAUCUUAACCAGAACUCUGGAGGUGAGUGUAAUGACAGAGAAGAGAUGGGCCAAGAGGCCGACCUUAUCGAAGAAAAGUCAGAGGAAGAACAAGAAGAAGAGGAUAUAACAACCCGACCUGAUGUAGAUCAGACUGAAAAGAACCUGGAGCUGGAAAAUGAGAGGAUUCUGACCAUUUUAGACUCGAAAGGCUUGCUGAAGGAUGCGGACGAGGCAGCGGAACAAAGCCCAACGUCCAAGCCCAGUCCUUUGUCUCUUCCUGAGACACCUGAGACCAGGGGCAGCUCCCCCAGCAAGACCUCGUCCCUGCAAGUAACCCUGGCCUCUCCCACCUCAGAGAAAACUACCCCUUUGUUCCAGCCGUCUUCAGCUUCUAGGGAACCGGGUGAAAAUGGUGGCGAGUUGCCUCCUGUGGCCGAGGUGGCGCCUGUACACGGAGAGCGUGCUAGCGAAAAAGACAACAAAGAAGAAGAAAAACGGUCCAUCCGGAAACAAGAACCUGCUGACGAGGAAGUUGUGACCCCGUCACCUGACAAGAGCAAAAUCCGCUUCACCAUCGCACCAGCGUGGCAGAGAUCGCAAAGUCUGACCCCCCCCCCUUCCCCUCCGGCCUGCGUCUCCUCUUCUUCUACCAAGCCCGCAGAAGACGAGGCGGAGGCCGUGGCGGAAAACAAAGAGCAGAUCGUAAAAAGAGCGGAGCCCGCAGGUCCACAGGAGGCCAACGAGGGGCCGAGCCCGGAUAGAGCCAGGAACGGAGGGAGCUCCCCUGUUAAAACGCCGAGCAGCAUGGCCCCGCUUCCUCUCAAAGCUGAGAGCUCCGUGGUAGCCGAGGGAAACCCCGACAACCCUUUUGGAGUCCGGCUGAGGAAGACGUCGGCUCUGUUCCGCUUCGGCUCCGAGGAGGAAAACGCAGAGCCUCCCGUUGAGUCGCCCUCUCAGCCAACCUGUACAGCAGAAACGCCACCACAGCCGGUCAGCAGUAAACCCUCUGUGUGUCCGCCAGUCAGCAACAAGCCCGCCCUCCCCAAAAAACCGGAGGUGCACGGAGAGGCUGGAUCCAAGCCGAGGCGCGUCUCGGACCCAGUCACGGGUCGGGGUAGUUCCGGGGUCGCAGAUCCUCCCAGCUGGAUAUCCAUGGCCAAACAGAAGCAGAAGAUCUAUAAAGAAAACUCCCUGGAUGAGAUCACUAUCAUAAAGGAGGAACACGAGAGAAAAUCCUCUCUGCCAGCAUAUGUCAGCUCGGCCGCAAGCAGGGAGCAGAGCAACAAAACGGCUCAAUCCCCCAGCAAAGCUGGGCAGACGGUGAUCAGUAAGCCGCCAGUGUCUGUAGAAAAGGAAACCAGGAGAGCUCUCUCUCCUCCAACUCCAGUGCCGCCUCAGCCUUCUAAACCCCAGCAGCUCCCCUGCCCUGUUGCCCCAAAACCUCAGAUGCUCCCCGCCGUUGCAAAACCUCCACCGCAACCCGGUUCCCCUCAGAGAAACCCGUCGCCCCCGACUCCGGUACCCGUCGCCUCAAAACCCUCUCCCACCACGACUCCAUCGUACCUCUCCAAGACUGCCACGCCGUCCAAAACGCCCCCGGUCACUUCGCCUCCCUUCUCGUCGAGAGUUUCUCCAGAAAAGCCCGGCUCCAGGGGCCCGGGGAACCCCGGACCGGGCCCCUCUUCUCCGGCCCUGCCCCAAGACGAGCCGCCCUGGAUGGCGCUGGCCAAGAAGAAGGCCAAAGCCUGGAGCGAAAUGCCACAGAUAGUCCAGUGACGGCCCAGGUUUACGGAAGACCCGGCACUCCUGGUACGGAUGGACCGUCAAAACAUUUGCACAUAAAUUUCCUCUAAUCCUGUCCUUCGAGCUUCCGGUUGGCAUCGAACGUCCAAUCGUGCGGCUCGAGGCAGGUUCUGUUUAACUCCUUUUUUUUUUUUUUUCCUUU